CUGUCAACAACUGACACAAAAACAAACCCCUUUAGAGCAACCCCCUUUUAGAACCCGAAAAGAUGUCACCAGUUAAAACCCGUUUGUCCCUGAUGGCCUCGAUGAAAAAAAGCGCCGGCGGUAAAACCCAAGAGACGUACGACGAACUGGAAGAAUGGAAACGCGGCAGACAACUGCUGAAACCGAAGAGUCAACUGGACCUAACCGAACCCGAACUGAAAGAAACGAUAACGAACCAGUUGACUGGCGCCAAUCCCUUACAACCCGAUAGUUUGGUGGAGUUUAAUUAUGCGGUGGGUGAGUUUAUGCCGAUUCCCGCCCCCGGGAAUAUGGUGGUGGUCUACGAGGCGCAAGGUACCGCGUUACAUAAGGAAUCGGAGGAGGCCCACGCCCAAAUGAUCGAGCAAGGAAUCGAUCCGGCCGUGUACGAAGACGAGGAGGAGGAGGAGGCGGAGGAGGAGGAUGAAGAGAAACAGCAGGAGGAAUUGAAAACGGUUAAGGAGGAGCAGGAGGGAGGAGGAGGAGAAGAAGGGGCGGAGGGUGAAGAAGCCGAACCGAAAGACGAAGAUGCCGAGGACGAAGUCUCGACCAAACCCGAAAAGGAGGAAGAAGCGGAAGGCGAGGGCGAGGGCGAGGGCGAAGGGGAACCGAAAGCGGAACCGGCCAAGGCGGCGCCCCCCAAGGGCGGCAAACCGCGCAAACUAACGAACCAGUUCAACUUUUGCGAACGGGCCGCGUUAACCUACAACAACCCGACGCGAUCACAAGAGACGCAAACGGUUCCGCCCCCGAUGGCCACGUUUUCCGCGAACGUGCUCCAAUGGGUGAUCUACGACGCUUAUCAGAAGGAUUACGAGCAGCAGCAGCUGGAGAAAGAGCUGGAACGCGAGCGAAAAGAAAAGGAUAAAGCGCCGGUGUCGAAACAUCAAGCGCCGAAGAAGAGCCAAGGGAGAGCGCAGCUGAGCGAAGCUGUCCAAGGUAGAGUGCUCGAAUGUUGGAAGGUGCUGGAACGGAUGAUUAAUCAGAACACUUAUGACGAUAUCGCCAAGGAUUACCGAUACUGGAACGAUCCGUCCGAUGAGUUUCGCGAGGAGGAGGGCACCCUCUUGCCUCUAUGGAAAUUCAGCUACGACCGAACGAAGAAGAACACCAUAACCGACUUGGACUGGAACCCUUACUAUUACGAUCUGUUUCAAGUGUGUUUUGGGUUCUUUGACUUCCUUAAACCCACCCCGGAGGGCGCCGUGUGCAUUUUCACCCUGAAAAAUCCCUCGUUUCCCGAUUACAUUUGCAUGACCGAGUCGGGAGUGAUGUGCUCGGACACCCACCCCAAGUAUCCCUACAUGGUGGUGAUCGGACUGUACGACGGUAGCGUGCAAGUGUUUAACGUGGAGGCCACAUGCAAAACGCCCGCUUUCAAGAGCAACAACGUCACGAAUAAACAUAAGGGGAUCGUGUGGGAGGUGAAGUGGGCCCCGGACUUGCCCGAUGGGGAGUUGAACUUUUUUUCGGUCUCUUCGGAUGGUAAUAUUAACAAUUGGGUGCUGAUGCAGAACGAGUUGGCGGUGACCACGAUUUUAACGUUGUUCCUGGAUAAGGACCCGGUUCCGGGACCCGACGGGACCAGUUUGAAAGUAAAAGGGUGCGCCACUUGCAUAAAACUGCAUCCCAAGAACCCGCUGAUUUAUUUGGUGGGCACCGAGGAGGGUCAGAUUUACAAGUGCAGCACCGCCUACAGUUCGAUGUGUUUGUUGACUUAUAACGCGCAUUUGCUCCCUAUAGGGCGUAUAGACUUUAACAAGUAUAACUCGGACAUAUUCGUUUCUUGUAGUAGCGAUUGGCGCAUUAAAAUAUGGGAGGAUAAUCGGUUGGAGCCGCUUUUUGUGUUCGAUUUAGGUGAUCGGGUGGGUGACGUUAAGUGGGCUCCGUAUUCCUCCACCGUGUUCGCCGCGGUCACCUGUGAGGGUAAAGUAUACGUGUUCGAUUUAAAUGUGAAUAAGUACAAACCGAUUUGCGUGCAAGCGGUGGUGAGCAAAAGGAGAAAUCGGCUCACCAGGCUGUCGUUUAAUCCCAAAUUGCCGAUUUUGAUUGUGGGUGAUGAUAAGGGGUGUGUUACCACCCUUAAAUUGUCGCCGAACUUGCGAAUACCGUGCAAGGCACCCAAGAAGCAACAGUAUUUGGACCAGUGGACUUUGCAGUGCAUGAAGUUGGAUAAAUUGUUGGCUUUGGUGAGGGAACCGGUCACCUUGACUUUGCCCGAGGAUACCGCUGGGUCUGAGGAGUCUUAAUUUUUGUUGUUUAUUGUGAAUUAUUAAAUAUUUAAAGAGAUUUUUAGAGUACAAUCAAGUCUUUCAAAAUCUUC